CACUGGUUAUAUAUAGGUCCCGUCCGAUAAGUUCAUAAAUACACAUACAGAAAGAGAGCUAGAGUGAGGCAGAAAGAAGCAACCUAUGGCUCCGUUCCCCUCUCCAAGCGAACGCACAGCUGCUUUGGCCCUGCAUCUCCUCGCCACCAGGGAUGUCUCAAAGGAUGAGAUUCAAGCUCAUUCGAUGAAUGUCGAGUGGUCCAGCAGGCGAAGUCGAAGCAAACGACUGCGGGUGAGGUGUUUGGUUAUGGACAAGAAAGCCGAAGCCAUCCUGAAUCUCUUGUCACGCGACGGCUGUCUCCCUGAAGUCAAGAUACGUGAGGAUCUCGGUGACAAUCCCGACACCAGCAAAGCACUGAGAAAGUUGCUGAGCCAUGGGAAGGUCAAAAGAGUAGGGGCAGGAGGGCGUCACCAGCCAUAUGUUUACACGGUAUAUGUAUUUAUAUUAAAGUUGGUUAUUUAUUGUGUAUUUUUACUCACAAUCCUUUAAUAUUGUAAAAUGAGUUUAUAUUUUUAAGUU